AGGCAAUACCCAGGUGCAUUCCUCUCACUCCUCUGUGGACAUGGUACUGCAGUAGCUCCAGAAACAGUGUUGACUGCAGCAGCAGGUAGCGAGGCCAGAAUUUAACAGUCUUUCCUGCAGCAGUUAAACACGUGUAUUGCUGCUUUCAGAAACUUGACGCACUCUUCUGCUGAUGACGUCCAGAAGAGGUUAUCUGGUAUCCAGGGAGACAAAGCUGGACUAUGGACUUGCUUCACUAACAUCAUGACAGAAAUACUUUGCACACUGAGUGUCCACACUGAGUGCUUUUUUUGUUUGUUAGUUGGUCGUAGAAUUAGAGAUGUGGCAUUGUUGUGACGCUGUGUGUUUAUGUUCCAACAUUCAACAUGAAGAAUGUGCGUAAAUCAAAUUAAUUAUUUUCAAAUCUCAAAUAAAUGUAUUCAAUUUGAAGUUUGUUUAAAUUUGAUUUUCAUUUGACUUUAAACACUUCUGACAUCGCAUUCCUUAGAAACAUCGACUCAGGUUGCAGGUCAUUGAUAAUGUCGUUUUCUAAGGGUAGAAAGGUUGUUAAUAUUAUUCAGUAUCUUUACAGCGCUAAAUGGAAGGAUUAUUAAAUAUACAGACUGUUUAGCCUCAUGAAGAGAAGGUCACACACUUAUGCAACGCUGUAGGUUUUGUGUAAACAAUCGACCCACUGAGACGUUAUUAUCAGGUUCAGUCCCAGAGCAACAAGACAGUACCAGAUGGGUCUGGAAAUACUGGAACCAUGUCACUCAGACCGGACUGAAAUGCGCCGUCUAUGAAUACUUUAAUACAUAAACAGUCGCGUACAUCAGCUUGUGUCGCCAGUUCACCUUCCAGUUCAGUCAAUAACAAUUCGGGGUGACAUAACUGCAGGUUGCCACCUUUCGUAACCACAAUGCUAGACAUGCUAACAGACCUUAUCUCCAAAAGAAAAGUAAAUUGGUGGUUUAUAUCGUUAAGGUGACGAAUAUUGAAGGCAGAUAACAAUAUAAAACAACAAAUUGAGACGCUGUCAAACAUGUUGUCCAACACGCAGUGCGGUGUGUGAGUAAAUUAGCCGUCAAGCUAACGGCUAAUGUAGAAGGAUAGCUACAGAACCGCUGUUUUCAUAAUCGCUCCAUCAUGACAGGUGCAAAUAUUAUUAACGCAACGUUAAAUAUAUGCGUGUAAAUUCUUACCAAGCCCCUCAGGUUGGUUUUGUUGAAGGUUCGAAUCAUGUUGAACACGUCUGCUGUGAUGCAGCCGCUUCUGUGCCAGAGGUCGAGACAGGAAUUCUCGCGAGAUUUCUCACCGAGACCCGGCUCGCGACCUUUCCAAUGAACCCAAAUAUUUAUAUUUUUUUCUUUACUCCGCGAAAUUACGACACCGCCGACGAAUUAUUACUGCUUGUUUUGAAAUAUUCAUGCAUAACUGAUGGCAGACCUUGACGCCAAGCACUCACUGAAGUUCUGUGUAUUGCUCAAGGGCAAAUGUUUGAACUUUUGUUUUUUUAAACACCACUUGGUCCAUAAACUCUAAAUGAACAUACCGCAAUUAAAGAAAUGGAUUACAGUUGAGAAAAAAAUAAUGAAUUUACAUAAAAAGGUUUUAUUUACACAGGAACCAGGUCGUUGGGUCCCCCGCCCUCGACUGCCACCUAGUCCUCUUUGCACUCGACACCUAUGACUCCCUCUGUGGGUGGUGGGUCCGCAGGAGGGACGGCCCAUGUCGUCCUUUCGGGCUAGGCCCGGCCAGGCCCCAUGGGCAGUGGCCCGACCACCAGGCGCUCGCAUUCGAGCCCCAAUCCCAGGCCGGGCUCCAGGGUGGGGCCCCAGCUGUGCCAUGCCGGGCGACCUCACAGUCCUUGUUGGUAAACUUGUCAUAAGGGCUUCUGAACUGUUCUUAGUCUGACCUGCCACCUAGGACCAGUUGGACAUGGGAGACCAUACCAGGGGCAUAACACCCCCAACAACAUAGCUCCUAGGAUCCCACUCUCACCUAUGGUCACGAGCUUUGGGUCAUGACCGAAAGGAUGAGAUCGCGGAUACAAGCGGCUGAGAUGAGUUUCCUCCGCAGGGUGGCUGGGCGCACCCUUAGAGGUAGGGUGAGGAGUUCGGUCAUCUGGGAGGAGCUCGGGGUGGAGUCGCUGCUCCUCCACAUCGAGAGGAACCAGCUGAGGUGGCUCGGGCAUCUGAUCCGGAUGCCCCCUGGACGCCUCCCUGGGGAGCGGGUCCGGGUCCGGGAGGAGACCCCAGGGAAGACCCAGGACUCGCUGGAGAGAUUCUGUCUCCGGUGUGGCCUGGGAACGCCUCGGGAUCCCCCGGGAAGAGCUGGAAGAGGUUUGUGCGGAUCGGGAAGUUUGGGCUUCCUUGCUCCAAAUGCUGCCUCCGUGACCCGGCCCCGGAUAAGCGGCAGAAGAAGGUGAAGGUGAAGGAAGGUGAAGCUUUUAUUUACCUCCUUGCUACAUGUCCGAAUGUGCAGCACCAUUUGGUUGAGUAGUUUAAGCACAAUUUGAAGGGGAAAAUAAACAAAUAUACGCAUCUAUUUUUUAACCCCAGUCCGGGUGCAUUCUCUAUAUCCUCCAGCAGAGGGCUCUAUCUAAUUCACAAACAGCAAGUAUAUCUUGGAAACAACAUAAUAACACGAUCCAGAAUCUAAUUCGGAAUGUUAUGUUUACAUUAGGUGUACAGCACAAUACUAUUCAUUCCCAGUGAGGUAGUAUAAUUAUUCAAUCCUGGUGAGCCAAAGUGAGGGCUGAAUUACUUAAAAUAAUAAAAGCAAACACAUAAAUUCUUUUUUUUUUUCAGGCGAAAUCCCGAAACUAGAAAUACCUUUGCAAUUGUUUUAACUUAAGUACUUAUUUUGUUUGUUUUUAUAAAGGGCUAGGCUGGUGUGGUUUGGGUAUUUUUAUUUAAAUGUCUCUCAUUUAUAAAUAACGCAGAUCAAUCUGCAAAUUAUUUUAAUAAAAAUCUUUACUAUUUUCAUGAAACGGCUUCAUUGAGAGAGAAAUCUGAAAAGGUGCGGAGAAAAGCUGCGGGGAAACGUCGUGCAGGGCAUUUGCAUGGCCCCUCUCCCUGUGGAGGUCCAGGUCUGCAGACGUCACUGCUGGAGGAUCUGUGUUUUCUCUCCUCCUCUCUGUCGGCGGCGCGGCACAAGUUUCUCUCCUGCCGCCAGGACCCGCACGCCGCUCCUCUCCUCCCGCUCCUCCUGCAUGGUGGACAUCCUGCUGCGCGCUUCUUUCUUGGAUGAUAUGGGGGAUCAUUCCAAAAAGAAGUCCGGACUCGCCAUGUGUGUGGGCUGCGGAGGUCAGAUCCUCGACCAGUACAUCCUGAGAGUGUCCCCGGACCUGGAGUGGCACGCGGCCUGCCUCAAGUGCGCCGAGUGCAGCCAGUACCUGGACGAGACCUGCACGUGCUACGUCAGGGAAGGAAAGACCUACUGCAAGCGGGACUACCUGAGGCUGUUUGGAAUCAAGUGUGCAAAGUGUAACUCGGGCUUCUGCAGCAGCGACUUGGUGAUGCGCGCGCGGGAGCGCGUCUUCCACAUGGAGUGUUUCCGGUGCUCGGUGUGCAGCCAGAACCUGCUGCCCGGGGACGAGUUCUCUCUGCGGGACGACGAGCUCUUGUGUCGGGCCGAUCACUGCCUGCUGCUGGACAGGUCGGCCGCUGGAAGCCCGCUGAGUCCCGGUGGGCUUCCCGCCAGAGCCCUGCACUGUCCAGAACCGGUGUCGGUCCGGCAUCCACCUCACCACCGGAACCACGUCCACAAGCAGUCGGAGAAGACCACGCGGGUCCGGACGGUUCUGAACGAGAAGCAGCUGCACACACUGCGGACCUGCUACAACGCCAACCCGAGGCCGGACGCGCUGAUGAAGGAGCAGCUGGUGGAGAUGACCGGCCUCAGUCCGCGGGUCAUUCGGGUUUGGUUCCAGAACAAGCGGUGCAAAGACAAGAAGAAGUCCAUCCUGAUGAAGCAGCUGCAGCAGCAGCAGAACAGCGACAAGACCAACCUGCAAGGUCUGACCGGAACCCCUCUGGUCGCUGGAAGCCCAAUCCGCCAUGAGUCAUCGAUCCAAGGGAAUCCAGUGGAGGUGCAGACCUACCAGCCCCCCUGGAAAACCCUCAGCGACUUCGCCCUGCAGAGUGACCUGGACCAGCCGGCCUUCCAACAACUGGUGUCUUUUUCGGAGUCGGGCUCGCUGGGAAACUCGUCGGCCAGUGACGUGACCUCUCUGUCCUCGCACUUACCGGACACACCGAACAGCAUGGUUCCGAGCCCCGUGGACACGUGAGGACGUUUGCCGGUCCCUGAACGCACCACAAGACCUCAGUGACGAGAUCAGUCGUGUUGAGCUGACAAACAACCAUAAAUCGAAGCCUGGUGGAUAUUAAUUUUGAGGAUACCCGCCCUGGAGUGAGGAACACAAACGUCUUGCUCAAGGACACGGACGUUUUAAGGACCUUUUGGAGCCAAACUGGACGAGCUGUGUGUUGGAUUCAGUGGUGGAACUCUGCGGACGCGCAUGAUUGGCGACUAUUGUACUAUAAGCGCAAACUGUCUUCCAAAAAGUAACUUAUUAUUAUUUAUUAAAA